AUGGAUUAUGCCGGCCCGAUACUAGUUCGAGCGAUGUCUGGGCGCGGAGUGGCCUCCCGAAAGGCCUACAUCGCCAUAUUCGUGUGUAUGGCAACGCGCGCAGUACAUUUGGAGUUGGUCGAGGGGUACGCCACUCCGGCAUUUUUAGGGGCCUAUUCGCGAUUUGUGGCUCGACGGGGUCUUCCGACGGCGGUGUACGCCGAUAACGGGACCACCUUCGUCGGAGCGGAUCGCGAACUCACGGUCGCGUUUAGAGCGGCUCUUCGCGAUCCCGUGUUUUUGAACAGGACAGCUUUGGACAAUGUUGAGUGGCAUUUUCUGCCUCCCUCAGCCCCUCAUUUUGGCGUCCUAUGGGAGGCCGGUGUACGAAGCGUGAAGCAUCACAUUCGCCGGGUGGUCGGAGCGCACACGCUGACGUUCGAGGAGUUCUCCACGCUUCUUUCUAACGUCGAAGCAUGCCUCAAAUCUAGGCCCAUAGCACCGCUCUCCGACUCGAUAGAUACAUACGAUCCGCUGACCCCCGGGCAUUUCCUCAUUGGUGCUGCUUUUAACUCGAGUCCGGAGCCUUCCCUGUUACAAGUAAAAGAAAAUCGCCUAUCUCGAUGGCAGUUGGUUCGGCAGCUCACCGAGCGUUUUUGGAAGUUGUGGCAGAGCGAUUAUAUUAACAUGCUGCAACAGCGGGGAAAAUGGCGACAUAUUGAGAAGCCAAAUAUUCGGGUGGGACAGUUGGUUUUGCUUCGCAAUCCACUGCUUCCACCGUGCAAAUGGGAGCUCGGCCGCGUUGUUUUGUGUCACCCGGGUCUCGACGAAUUGGUUCGCGUUGUUACGGUAAAAACGGCGUCGUCCGAAUACAAGCGUCCGAUCGGUAGACUGUGCCUUCUGCCGAUCGAUAUUGAGCAGUCGGAAAGCGCCGACAAGCGAUGUCAAGUCUCGCCUCGACGUGCCGAACGCCUCGCUCAAUUCUACUCGAAACCUUUCCUGCCUCAUGAGUCACUCGCAUCUUUCUUUCGAAACUAUUAUUUCAAGGCGGGCGGUAUGUUGAGAAACAGACAAAUAAUUUUGAAUGGUAAUUUCGUGUUAAAUUAA